UGACAUCACCUUCUCACUGAAGUUUAAGGAGAUUUGGAGUCAUACAUUAGGUAUAGUAGUCAAGGAAACAGGAGACUUAUUUAUUUUUUAUCAGCAAAGUAUCUCUGGAGACAGCCCAGGUAACAAUCAAUCAAUCUCCCCUCCUAAUUAUAUCAAUGCAUUUUCUAGACACUUCUGUUUGGUUGUAAUUACUAUAUUCCAGAUGCCAAUUCCAUUACUAUAUUUAAAUGCCUAACUGGUCAAUGCCUGGAAACAUUUUAUUCCUAACCACCUCCAUUAAUUUCCCCUGGUGUUUCUGUGACAUUUUUAUGUCUAGCAAUUUAGAUUCUACAAACAUAAACUUGAAAUUAACUGUGUAGCUCUGUCACUUGUGCUGUCACAACUGUCACGAGGGCAUCUCUUUGAUUUUGUUUCACAUAAAAUUCACUUUGCAUGCACAUCAUGAAAUCACAGGGCUUUGAAAAUCUAGCCCAAGAUAUUGCUAUGCAUCAUAACACGCUAUGUUUCCAGUCUCUAAAGAAAUCAGCUAUUUCUGAUUCAGUAGUAGGGUAUGUCAUUUUUCCCCCAAUGGAAAAGAUAUAGCAUAAUGCUAUAUAAUAGAAAAAGGACUUCUGAGGCACAGUAGGCUUUAUCUCUGCUAAUGGAAGGUACAGAAUAACCACCUGGUGUAUUCCUUACUUAGGGGACAUUACAGCUGUGUGCAACUAGAAGAUGUCAUAAAAGAUGUACAGAACACCAGAGAGAAAAGAUUCUAGAACUCAGACUUUCAGCAAGUCACAGGACACUUUUCUGCCUGUUACUAAGAUGUUCAAUGUACCAUAACCACCAAGGAGCCAGGAAGGCUAAAAGAGCAAAAGGAAUAAGUGAAGUUUGAGAGGGUCAACUCAGAUAAAAGGAACUAUUUAAAAAAGAUUGUACUGUCCAUUCAAUUAAAAUAUUUAACCUAGAAAGGCAAAAAUAUGUAAUACAACAGAGGAAAGCUUCACCUGCUGUAGAAUAAAGAAAGGCUCUACUGACCUGGCAUUCUGCUGAAAAAGCCAUCCUCUUGCAAGAUUUUGCUUGUCAGGUAUGUUGAAUUUCUUUAUAUUAAACCAUUUUAGAAAAUUUCAGAUGUAGAUGAUAAGUGUUUAUUUAAAAUCACCUCUUUUUUAAAAAAAUAUAUAAAUGUCAUUGACAAGGUACAGACAUCAGAAACUUGUCCAUGAAAACCUGUUAUUCUAAGAGAGGCAUCCAGACAGAAAAUUACUGUUGGAGUAAAUAUUAUACAUAUGUACCCACUGUCACACCCAGUUCUCUCUCUAGACAAAGCUAGCAUUAAACAUUGCAAAAUAUAAUAAGUAAAAGAGUUUGCAAACACUUAUGUAGCAUAAUUAAUACUGAGAAGAUUUAAAAUAAUUUAAGAUGUGAUUUUAGGCUUUUUUUGGGGGGGGGGGUCUUUUGUUUGCCUCAUCAAAAGAAAAUAUAUAUUAAAUGGUAUCAAAAAGCCUCUACAUUACCCAGGGGCAGCCCUAGACUAGCUGCCAGCAACUGGCACCCUAGGCGAACCAUGUAAUCGGUGCCCCCACACCCCAAACCCCAAGGGCAGAUCUAGGCUGAGGUUUUUGGUAAACUGGCAAACAUUCUGCCUCUUUUUUUCUUUUAAUGUUUUUAAGUGUUUUUUUUUUUUUUUUUUUUAAAAACAGAGGCUUAAUUAUUCGGUUUGUCAGUCCAUCCGUCCAACCAAAGUUUCUGGGAUCAGAUAAAAUAGAGACACAAAAAUUUCAGGAUAGAUUUGUACAUGACAGCUAGAGGAUAUUUCAGUCCGAUUUCAAAUAAAAAUGCAUUAAAAAUGUUAAUUAUAAUUUUUAUUAUUACAAAUCCAAAAUCAUCCAUUACGCUAUCCUGCUUUAACUGCCAUUACCACCACAUCCAAUAUAGAACGAAAUAAGAAAACUCUUCAAUGAACUUUAACCUGUAUUUACAAAACACUCCAAAUAAAAAACACUCUGUGCUCUUAAAACAUGAUUUCUCUUGUUUUAAGUUUUGAAAAUUGAGUCACUAGUUCUUUUAGAUCCAGUUUUCCAGCUAUUUCAUGCUCUACUGACAUUGUGGCAAGUCCAACGAGUCUCUCUUGCACCAUUGUUGAACGCAGAUAUGUUUUUAUCAAUUUUAACUUUGAGACGCUACGUUCUCCACUAGCUACGGAAACUGGCAAAGUUAAAAGAAUGCGUAGAGCUAUAAAAAUGUUUGGAAAACUGUCUGAGUUUAUUUUCACAAAACAAACUUCAAUAUUUCUUCAGGAGUGGAAUGUUUCUUAAUCUCUCUAGCCCUAUGUCAGUAAACAAAAAGCAAGAUCCAAAAGUCCACUAGCUGAGGCAUCAAGCCACUUUUCUAACAAGUUAAAUAUCCUUACUAUAGAAUAGGUUCUCUUUUAUAUUUAGCAUAUCUAAGAAUGGUGCAGUUUGCUAUGAGAGCAAAGAACUAUUGGGCACCUGCCUGGUAUCUCCUGAAAUAUUUCUGUACAGAAGCUUGUAAAAUCUUCCAGGAGCACAUCCUUUAUGUUGGCAGAACUGUCACAAGGAUAUUUAUUAGGAUAACUCAACUAUACAUACUCAAUUGCUGGAAAGAGUCCCAUGUGCAUAGCAUAGUACAAACCCUUAUCAUCAAACAUUACUUAAGCACUCUAAAUGCAGACCCAAGAUGACUGGUCUGCUGCUCUAAAUCUCUAGGACUGGCCAAGUAUGCUUCAAAAUCUUAGGGCCCUUUGUCUACUUCAGUGCCAGGGAAUGUAACUAGAAUAUGUAAUCACAAAUAUUAAACAUACUUGAUCCCUGGCAAUUAGCCAUAUUCCUGACAUCCUGCAAGAUUACAACUAGUCUUGCUUUAACACUUACUGAAGUCAGUCAGAGAACGACUUGGUAUUGUGGCUCACCACACUAGCUUAUGCUCUGGCACAGAACUGCUGCUGUCUUGUUGCUUCUCCACUAAAUGGAGUGGAUAAUGGCAACAGCCAAAGCAAGGCAAGAAUAUGCCCAUGCACUCCUCUGUAGGACUGUACCCGUCACAUGCUUGCUUAAAUUACAGAUGGGGAGAAGCAUCUACAGAGGAUGUGGAAAAAGCUCAUGUACUCAAUGCUUUUUUGCCUCUGCCUUCACAAACAAGGUCAGCUCCCAGACUACUGCACUGGGCAGCACAGGAUGGGGAGGAGGUGACCAGCCCUCUGUGGAGAAAAGUGGUUCAGGACUAUUUAGAAAAGCUGGACGAGCACAAGUCCAUGGGGCCGGAUGCACUGCAUCAGAGGGUGCAUGUGAUUGCAGACCCAUUGGCCAUUAUCUUUGGCGAUCGGGGAAGGUCCCGGAUGACUGGAAAAAGGCUAAUGUAGUGCCCAUCUUUAAGAAAGGAAGGAGGACCACUCGGGGAACUACAGGCCAGUCAGCCUCACCUCAGUCCCUGGAAAAAUCAUGGAACAGGUCCUCAAGGAAUCAAUUCUGAAGCAUUUAGAGGAGAGGAAAGUGAUCAGGAACAAUCAGCAUGGAUUCACCAAGGGCAAGUCAUGCCUGACUAAUCUAAUUGCCUUCUAUGAUGAGAUAACUGGCUCUGUGGAUGAGGGGAAAGCAGUGGACGUGUUACUCCUUUACUUUAGCAAAGCUUUUGAUAUGGUCUCGCACAGUCAUUUUUGCCAGCAAGUUAAAGAAAUACAGACUGGAUGAAUGGACUAUAAGGUGGAUAGAAAGCUGGCUAGAUCAUCGGGCUCAACAGGCUCCACUUCUAGUUGGCAGCCUGUAUCAAGUGGAGUGCUGCAGGGUCAGUCCUGGGGCCGAUUUUGUUCAAUAUCUUCAUUAAUGAUCUGGAGGAUGGUGUGGAUUGCACCCUCAGCAAGUUUUCAGAUGACACUAAACUGGGAGUAGUGGUAGAUACUCUGGAGGGUAGGAACAGGAUACCUAGAUAAAUUAGAGGAUUGGGCCAAAAGAAAUCUGACGUUCAACAAGGACAAGUGCAGAGUCCUGCACUUAGGAUGGAAGAAUCUCAUGCACUGCUACAGACUAGGGACCAAAUGGCUAGGCAGCAGUUCUGCAGAAAAGGACCUAGGAGUUACAGUGGACAAGAAGCUGGAUAUGAGUCAACAGUGUUCCCUUGUUGCCAAGAAGGCUAAUGGCAUUUUGGACUGUAUAAGUAGGAGCAUUGCUAGCAGAUCGAGGGACGUGAUCAUUUCCCUCUAUUCAGCAUUGGUGAGGCCUCAUCUGGAGUACUGUGUCCAGCUUUGGGCCCCACACUACAAGAAGGAUGUGGAAAAAUUGGCAAGAGUCCAGCGGAGGGCAACAAAAAUGAUUAGGGGGCUGGAGCACAUGACUUGUGAGGAGAGGCUGAGGGAACUGGGAUUACUUAGUCUACAGAAGAGACGAAUGACGGGGGAUAUGAUAGCUGCUUGACACCUCUACCUCGAUAUAAUGCUGUCCUCGGGAGCCAAAAAAAUCUUACCUCAUUAUAGGUGAAACCACGUUAUAUUGAACUUGCUUUGAUCCACUAGAGUGCGCAGCCCCAGCCCCCCAGAGCACUGCUUUACCGCGUUAUAUCCGAAUUCGUGUUAUAUCAGGUAGCGUUAUAUCAAGGUAGAGGUGUACCUGAAAGGGAGUUCCAAAGAGGAUGGAUCUAGACUGUUCUCAGUAGUAGCAGAUGACAGAACAAGGAAUAAUGGUCUCAAGUUGCAGUGGGGGAGGUUUAGGUUGGAUAUUAGGAAAAAAAUUUUCAGAAGGAGGAUGGUGAAGCACUGGAAUGGGUUACCUAGGGAAGUGGUGGAAUAUACUUCCUUAGAGGUUUUUAAGGUCAAGCUUGACAAAGCCCUGGCUGGGAUGAUUUAGUAGGGGUUUGGACUAGAUGACCUCCUGAGGUCCCUUCCAACCCUGAUAUUCUAUGAUUCUUAAGUCGUCUUGAAAAAGCCUGAAGCUCACUACACAAAUCUGUAGCAUCAAUGUCUUUUGAAUUUUCAUGAGUCAAUGCCAACUCCAGCUUUAUAUAAAAUUCUCUUAUCUGUUUUGCUGUUUUCUUUUGCAAGCUGUUGAUAUCCUAUAGAAAGCCAAAUACUGACUCUAGCUGCUGCAUCUGUUGAAAUCUUUCGUCAACCAAGUGACUAGCAGUAUCAAGGACUGCAAAGUAGAAAUUCACUUUGAACCUUUGUUUUGGGUUCUGAAUGGGUGUGGUCUCAUCCUUCAUAAGAAAACUGCUCUUUCCUUUGGCAAAUUCUGUCGGAAAGUCUAUUUCUUCAGCAAGCUCGAGAGACUCUACCAGUGUUCUUUCAAACCCUUCAUCCCUUCUGAAUUCCUCCAAAAUAUUUUUAGUUUGCUGCAGUUUUUGAAUAGCAGAAUGUUCAAGUUCUUUUUCUGAAGCUGCUUACUAGUGAGGUUAAUCUCAAAAAAGGAUAUUAUACCACAAAAUUAGUGAAGUCACAAAUUUGAACUUGGAAAGGCCAUUUGCAAGAGCUUCUGCAUCUGAAUGCGCCGUAUUGCCAGAUGAUCAAGUAAAGGUAGUAUCAACAGAAAUUUCAAUAAGGGCAUUAUAAACGUUUCCAAGUUCAUAGCAAAGAGGCUUCAAAGCGACUCUCCCAUCUUGUCUGACUAAGUGGUUUCACAGUUAGAGAAUUCACAUGGCGAGUCAGAAUCUCUGAACAUGUGUUGAGACUGAGAAAAAACACAAACUCGUUGCACCAGGUCAAAGAAACUGCUUGCCUCCAAACAGCAUCUAGCAACAUCAUUGACAACCUAAUUCAGAGAAUGUGCACUGCAAGGAACGAAAAAGGCCCUAGGAUUGAUUUCCAUCAUUCUCCUUUGCACACCAUUGUCUUUACCCUUCAUAUUACUUCCAUUAUCAUAGCCUUGGCCACGUAAGUUUUCAACAGAUAAUGACAUUGUUUCAAGCUCUUGUAGAAUAGUUUCAGUCAUAAAUGCUCCAGUCGUCUCCUUCAGUGGUACGAAACCCAAAAAAUAUUCCUUUAUGAGCACUUCAACAUUAUCUUCAUCUGCACACUUUUCCAUAUCCACAAAACAAAUGAUAGUCAUUUGUUCAACAUGACUCACAUCUGGUGUACAGUCCAGUAUUAUUGAAAAGUAUUUUGCACAAUGGGCAGCUUCUACAAUUUUCUUUUUAAAUGGCAUUUGCUAGGAUUUGAAUCAGUUCAUUCUGCAUAUUUUCCCCUAAGUAAUGAACCUGUAUUUCAUGAUCAGUUAUUUUAUGUAGAUACUCUUUCACGACUAGAUCAAAAAGCGAGGUAUUCAACAAAUUUUUUAAAAAGUUUCCAUUACCUGGAGAGUAUAGUUUUUCCAUUUUUACUGCAGCCACGGAAUGCUAAAUUUUGCCCACCAAGAACUCUCACUACAGCAAUCAGACACUCUAUUAUUUGUUGCCAAUAUUCUUCUUUUUCCUUGAUCACACGUACAUUUUCCUUCAUUUUUCCUUUUUUUAAAUCGUAAUUCAAGUUCUUUUCAAUUUUGAAAAUAUUCCAAAUGUUCUGUACUUCUUUCAUGUGAAGAGAGAAUUGAAGAUAUGUUUUUCCAGUCCUUCGAACCAUUUUAAGUAAGUGAUGUAUCAAUUGUUUGAUUUCUAAACAACUUGCAGCAAAAGCAAAAUAGAGUCCUUCAACACUGAAUAUUGUAACCAGUUUUGAUGACUUUCUUCCCCAUUAAUGAGUUUUCUCUUGUAAUGCUGAGCAGAGAAUUUUCUUUUAUUUCCAUCCUUAGGGAAGGGAAAUUCAUGAACUUGUCGGGUCCACGUUCCAUGAGAAUUUGCUGCACACUGUCAUCACAUCUGGGCCACGAAGUUGGGUCCCCAUAUGCAUUUGGCCGCUGCUGAUGAGACACUGUCAGGACCCACUACCCCAAGAGUUGCUGUGGGGAGAAUAGCAAAGUUACAUCAUGAAUAUCAAUUUCAAACAACAGCCUGAGCCUGAGUUCAACUACAAAGUAAUAACACAGAGAAGUCUGAGUGAUUCUCCUUUUGGAAGAGCAAGUGGAACUUAUUUUCUCUCCAGACACAUCCCACAUUCCAGGACAGUCUGCCAUAUUCAAGGGUUAAAUAAUGCACCUGUCUGUGUUGUGAGAGAUGCAGGGAGUUUUUCAAGACCAUACCAGGCUGCCAGCAAAAUCCUAAUCCCACAGCGAGAAUACGAUCAGCAACAUGGGCUAACUGGGCAAGGCAUGGGCACGCCAUCUCCUAGCAGCACUACACUAAGCCUCCAGGCUUAUCCACACGUUGGGAAAGGUCCAUCGCGACCAAGUUCACAGCCUGGAAGAGGAGAAAUGGCUGAGUUCUCUAAAAGGUCAAGAGACUCCCUUGCUUUUCCGAGAAAGGAAGAUCCUUUGAAAAAACAACCAGCUCGUCCUCUGACUGCAGUUGGCCAUGAGAUCCAUCCUUCUUCUCUUACCCGUCCCUCUUCUCCAGCCCGUUUUAUGCAUUACAAGCCAGAAGUCAGAGAGAAUAUAAACUAUGUUCCAAACUAUCUGGAUCAGGAAAUAAAAGUCUUGGAAAAACUCCGUGACAUUCUACAGACAGACUCCCUUGCAGAGAUCCAAGAGUGGCUGUCAAGGGCAAGUAUAAGAGAGAAAGAGUUUGUAUCAAAUUUGAUUCGCUCAGAAAUGACUAGCAGGGACUUGCUGAAUUAUCGGCAAAAUACGCCAAAAGAAAGUGCAGUCCAUGAUACAAUGAAGCCUUCCCAUGCCCCUUGGACAGAAACAAGGGAAGAAGUGAACAAGUUCAGGCCUUCAAGUAAAGCACCAGAAGCAAGUAAAGGAAUGGAACAAGAAAGGGAGAGAGAUGGUCAUUUGUCCACCAGAGGGGAGAGACUUACAAUCCCAAUUUCUGAAAAUUUGCACAGAGGAAGGUCCUCCAGCUCCCAGGGAACGAGCCACAGUCCUUCCUUAGCGCUCCGACAAAAGCCCCACCUCCGCUACAGCAAGUUAUCCACUGAUCAGAGACAUCUUACUGCCAGAGAAUAACUUCCUCUUUAAAGCUUCUGAAACAGCACAACUGUUCCCUUCAAGUAUUACCAUAUGUACUAUUAGCAACAAUAAUUAAAAACAUACCUAAAGCUGGCUUCCCCUUUAAAAACAAACUUGUGUUAAUUUCAUUUAGUCCCUAAGUGUUUCAUCAAAAAUCACUGAAGAGUACAUACAGAAUAACUUCUCCAGAAACUUUUGGAUAUGCUCUUUGUUCAAAAUGCCUAUACAAGUAAGGUUAAGAGAACUGUAAA